AACUUUUUUGUAUCGAAGGAAUCAACAGCCGCCAUCUUGUCGUGGCUCGGAAUUGGGAUUUCGAUCCAACACUGGAUUUCGCGUAGAAAUACAGUAUCCUUACCAGACUGUGACAGCGUCCUUCUGUCGAAAACGAAACCUUAACGUCGCGCCUGGAACAUUUUGUGCGAAAAAAACUGGAAUCAGAACGGUGGUCGUCGGGCAGAAUUGCUCCGUAUAUCUGAUUUCCCCUUCAGAGUGCGGCGAUUCGAGCCCCCUGUCGCCCGUUCGGGAGCAGCGUUGUUUACCGUCCGCUACCCGAGGACGAGACCGCGGCUUUCGAGGAGGAUUUUUCCCCCAGAAAUUGCAUUUUUUGUGCAAGUGUGCAAUUUUGCGGAGCUUCGCGCGAUUUUUGCAUGAAGAAAUUUGACGUCACGCAAAAUGGGUACUUUAAACAUUUAGGAAUUACGACUUUUCUCCCGGUAUGCAGCAACUUAUCUAAUUUAUCUGGAUUGACUCAUUGAAGCCGGAUUUUUACAUGGGGACUCUUUUAUUUUCGGUUAUUUAAUGGUAAUAAUGUGGGUGUUGGGUGUUGGAUUAUCAUGGGGUGAAUGGCGGUGGCGAAGCGGGGCGCUAUUGCAUCUCUUUUGAAAGACGUUGACUCUUAACAGCGAGGAGUAGCUAACAGUUGCCAGAGCAAUUAGCCAGUUAGCUAACUAAGCUGCCAACUUGCUAAUGUGCUAACUGGGAAGGCUCCGCCCGAUUAAAACACUUCCCUGUCACAAGUUAGUGCAUAAUUAAGAAACCUGAAAGACUUUGAAGACAACUAUGGCUGAAAACUUGCUGGAUGUCGGACCUCCUAGCUCCAAGCGACCGAAACUGAGUUCACCUGCCCUAUCAGCGUCUGAUGGACAAGAUUUAGGGUCUUUGCCGUGGGAUGAUUUAGAAAACGAUCUGCCAGAUGAGUUGAUCCCAAAUGGAGGAGACUUAAGCCAGUUAGGUGGGUUGCCUUCAAAUGGCGGAGCUACUCCCGGAGGCGGCGGACCCGUUCAAGAUGCAGCCGCCAAACAUAAGCAGCUCUCGGAGCUUCUUCGAGCUGGAAGCACCUCCAGCAUCACAGGCACUGGGCUCAACUCUGCAAGCCCUCAACCUGGCAGCAUGGGCUCCCAGCUCGGGACACCUUUGGGCAAGAGCCCCCUCGGCCAGGGUUCUCCUAACAGCCACUCGUCCCCUCAGGGCCAGAAACCAGGAACACCAACUGGAGUAGUAGGACAGAACAGUAACAAUAAUACCACAGCUAUGGGUUUGGGAUCGACGGGAUUUAACCAAACAAUGAUGAACAACAGCCCGGGCCAUGCAGGACUUUUAGGCCAAGGGGGGCAGCCUCAGCCUGGGCAGGUGAUGAAUGGGGGUCUCGUACCCAGCGCCGGUAGGGGACGGGGCGCUGGUGUGGCAGGUAUGCAGUAUCAAGCAGCUGCAAUCCCAGGAAGCGCACCUGGACCUGGAGCAUCUGGGAGCGCGUUGGUAGAGACACUUACCCAGGGAGGACAGCAGAUGGGAGCUCACACCACCCUCAGCGCAGCCCAGCAGGCAGGCAAUAUGAACAAGAUGGGCCUGGGUAGCAAUGGAAGUCCGUUUGGGGCUCAGCCUUAUGGUCAGGGUGCUGCUGGACCGGGCCAGCAGCUAAAUCCUCCGCAGCAGCUCCAGAACAAAGCUGCGCUUCCCAACAGCCUGCCACCAUUCCCCAAUGAGCUCAAAGGGGCUGCUGUCACUAGCGUGCCAAACAUGCAGCUCCAGCAGCCGCAGCAGCAGCAGGCAGGGAUGCUCCCGCUGGCCAGCAGCGGAGGUGUGGCGGUGCCUUCGGCAGGACCAACAGCUGAUCCAGAGAAACGCAAGCUGAUCCAGCAGCAGCUGGUCCUGCUGCUUCACGCACACAAGUGCCAGAGGAGAGAGCAGGCUAACGGGGAGGUGAGAAGCUGCGCCCUUCCUCACUGCCGCACGAUGAAGAACGUCCUCAACCACAUGACCCACUGCCAGGCUGGGAAAUCCUGCCAAGUGGCUCACUGCGCAUCGUCCAGACAGAUCAUCUCCCAUUGGAAAAACUGCACACGACACGACUGUCCGGUCUGCCUCCCGCUGAAGAAUGCGAGCGACAAGCGAACCCAGCAGCCUCUGCUGAGUUCCCCAAACACCGGCCUCCAGAACCCCAUGUCCUCUGUUGGCAUGGGUCAGCCCAGCGCACCCACCAUCAAUACCUCAACUCCCAUAGACCCCAGCUCCAUGCAGAGAGCCUACGCAGCACUCGGUUUGCCCUACAGCAGCCAGGCGGCUGGACAGGCUACAGCUCAGCAGGCCCCAGGACAAACAGGAGCCCAGAACUCCCAGACCCAGCUUGCUCAGCAGAUGAGACCCAUCAGCACUAUCGGUAACCAGAUGCCUCUUGGAGGCGGGACAAUGGGUGGGACUGCGUCAGAACAGACCAAUCUGCACACUGACUCCCUUUCCAACACGCUCAACACUAACAAUCAGCUGCUGUCAGACGGCUCUGUGGGCCAGAUGGGAAGCCUGCCCACAGCAGCACCCGUCUCUUCCACAGGCGCCAGGAAGGCCUGGCAUGAGCAUGUCACUCAGGACCUGCGCAAUCACCUCGUUCACAAACUAGUACAAGCCAUAUUCCCUACCCCUGACCCGGCUGCUUUAAAGGACAGGCGAAUGGAAAAUCUGGUCGCCUAUGCGAGAAAAGUCGAGGGAGACAUGUAUGAGUCGGCGAACAGCCGGGAUGAGUAUUACCACUUCCUGGCUGAGAAGAUUUACAAAAUCCAGAAGGAACUUGAGGAGAAGAGACGUUCAAGGCUGCAGAAGCAGAUCAUCAACCAGCCACCUAUGACUGCCCAGGCGACGCAGCAGCCUGGCCUCACGCAGCCCAACGCCUUGGGUCCACGGCCACAGAAUGGACCCGUUUCUCUACCAAACAUACCAAAUCAGAUCAUGAAUCGCAUUCAGGUUCCUCCAGGUAUGAACCAGUUCAACCACAUGGCUAUGUCCAACGCCCAGUCGUCAAUGGGACCCCGAGCAGCUUCUCCUAUGAACCACCCACAGCAAAUGAACAUGAGCUCUGUUCCCCCGGUGGGGAUGUCUCCCUCUAGGAUGCCCCAGGCACAGAGCCUGAUGCCUGGACACGGCAACAUGGUGGGCCAGACACCCAAUCAGGGGCAGUUCCUGCCUCAGACCCAGUUCACACCUGGAUCUGGUGCCGUUUCUGUGUCCAGUGCCAUGAAUGUUACAGUUGGUCCUGGCAUGGGCCAGCCGCAGGCGCAGGCUCCUGUCACCCAGCAACAGCAACAGAGCGCUAACCUCCCCAUGAAUACUCUGGGGCCCCCGCUGGGCCCUCAGCUAGCCUCCUCCCAAACCCCCUUGCACUCCACGCCUCCACCCACUGCUUCUUCAGCCUCCACGGCUGGGGUGGCCACUAACCUGCCACACCCCCAGUCCUCCAGCCGCAGCUCCACCCCCACCCUCCCCGUCCCGGCCCCAGCCCAGGGGGCCACCCCACCCUGCCCCUCUCAGCCCCAACCCCAGCCGGAGCCCCCUGCAGCCGCACAGACGCAGCCCCUGACUCAGCCCCCUACCACGCCGCUCUCCCAACCAGGGGCCAGUUUGGAUAACAGAGUUCCCACACCUGCCUCUGCCGCCAGCGCCGACCUGCACUCGCAGCACGUCGGAGCCGACCUGCCUGCCCAGGAGAUCAAAGCGGAAACACAAACUGACCAACAGGAGUUUGAAGCUGCUGGUGGGAAAAUUGAACCCAAGACGGAGGGUGAGAACGACUCCAACUCUGGCGGGGUGAAGAAGGAGGAGUUGGAGGAAAAGCCAGAACCAAUGGAGGUGGAGGAGAAAAAGCCGGAAAUGAAGACAGAACCCAAAGAAGAGGAGGACAACGGAAGCAAUGGCACAACCUCCUCAUCUCCCUCUCAGUCACGGAGGAAAAUAUUCAAGCCUGAGGAGUUGCGGCAGGCUCUGAUGCCGACUCUGGAGUCUCUGUACAGGCAGGACCCGGAAUCGUUGCCGUUCAGACAGCCUGUAGACCCCAUGCUCCUUGGUAUCCCUGAUUACUUCGAUAUAGUUAAGAACCCCAUAGAUCUGUCCACAAUAAAGCGUAAGCUGGACACCGGACAGUACCAAGAGCCUUGGCAGUACGUGGACGACGUGUGGCUGAUGUUUAACAACGCCUGGCUUUACAAUCGCAAGACAUCCAGAGUCUACAAGUACUGCUCUAAGCUGGCAGAGGUUUUCGAGUCGGAGAUUGACCCCGUCAUGCAGGGUCUGGGCUACUGCUGCGGGAGGAAGUUCGAGUUUUCUCCUCAAACUCUCUGUUGCUACGGAAAGCAGCUCUGCACCAUACCCACCGGAGGAACUUACUACAGCUACCAAAACAGGUAUCAUUUCUGUGAAAAGUGCUUCAAUGAGAUUCAGGGAGACAGCGUGACGUUAGGAGAUGAUCCUGCACAGCCUCAGACAAUGAUAUCUAAAGACCAAUUUGAACGCAAGAAGAAUGACGUUCUGGACCCUGAACCGUUUGUUGAAUGUAAAGACUGUGGACGCAAGAUGCACCAGAUCUGCGUUUUACACUACGAGGUCAUAUGGCCUUCAGGAUUCAUCUGUGACAACUGUUUGAAGAAAGGAGGAAAAUCACGGAAGGAGAACAAGUUCACUGCUAAAAGGUUGCAAUCGACACGACUGGGAAUGUACAUAGAGGACCGUGUGAAUAAAUACUUGAAGAGACAGAACCAUCCAGAGGCCGGGGAAGUGUUUGUGCGAGUGGUAGCAAGCUCUGACAAAACAGUCGAAGUUAAACCCGGCAUGAAAGCCAGGUUUGUGGACACGGGUGAGAUGCCCGACACCUUCCCCUACAGAACCAAAGCACUUUUUGCAUUUGAGGAGAUUGAUGGUGUGGAUGUUUGCUUCUUUGGCAUGCACGUGCAGGAGUAUGGCUCCGAAUGCCCAUUUCCUAACACUAGGCGGGUCUACAUAUCAUACCUUGACAGUAUUCACUUCUUCAGACCUAGAAUGCUGCGAACGGCAGUGUACCAUGAGAUUCUUAUUGGCUAUCUUGAGUAUGUCAAAAAACUUGGUUAUACCCAGGGCCACAUCUGGGCUUGUCCACCCAGUGAAGGAGAUGACUACAUCUUCCACUGCCAUCCUCCUGAGCAGAAGAUCCCCAAACCUAAGAGGCUGCAGGAGUGGUACAGAAAGAUGUUGGACAAAGCUUUUGCUGAGAGGAUCUUGCAUGAUUACAAGGAUAUCUUCAAACAGGCGACUGAGGACCGACUGACCAGCGCCAAUGAGCUGCCAUACUUUGAAGGUGACUUCUGGCCUAAUGUGUUGGAGGAGAGCAUCAAGGAGCUGGAACAAGAGGAGGAGGAGAGGAAGAAGGAGGAGAACACCGCUGCUACUGAAACUCCAGAAGGUACACCAAGUGACAGCAAAAAUGCCAAGAAGAAGAACAACAAGAAGACUAAUAAAAACAAGAGCAGCGUGAGCCGUGCAAACAAGAAGAAACCCGGGAUGCCGAAUGUAGCGAAUGAUCUAUCCCAGAAGUUAUACGCCACCAUGGAAAAACACAAAGAGGUUUUCUUUGUGAUUCAUCUUCAUUCGGGGCCCAUGGCCAACACCCUCCCGCCCAUCGUGGACCCUGACCCCCUGAUCUCCUGUGACCUAAUGGACGGCCGUGACGCCUUCCUCACUCUGGCGAGGGAUAAACACUGGGAGUUCAGCUCCCUCAGGAGGUGCAAGUGGAGCACCAUGUGCAUGUUGGUGGAGCUGCACAACCAGGGACAAGAUCGCUUCGUCUACACCUGCAAUGAAUGCAAACACCAUGUGGAGACACGCUGGCACUGCACUGUUUGUGAGGACUUUGAUCUUUGCAUUAGUUGCUAUAACACGAAGGGCCACGAGCACCAGAUGGUCAAGUGGGGUCUUGGCCUGGAUGAUGACAAUAACGGCCAAAGUGGAGAAGCCUCCAAAAGCCCGCAGGAGAGCAGGCGUUUAAGCAUUCAACGUUGCAUCCAGUCUCUGGUCCAUGCUUGUCAGUGCCGCAAUGCCAACUGCUCUCUACCGUCCUGCCAGAAGAUGAAGAGAGUGGUGCAGCACACCAAGGGCUGCAAGCGCAAAACCAACGGAGGCUGCCCGGUGUGCAAGCAGCUCAUCGCUCUGUGCUGCUACCAUGCAAAACACUGUCAGGAGAACAAGUGUCCGGUCCCGUUCUGCCUGAACAUCAAGCACAAGCUGCGCCAGCAGCAGCUGCAGCACAGGCUUCAACAGGCCCAGCUAAUGAGGAGAAGAAUGGCCACGAUGCAGGGCAGAACCAUGCCCCUACCAUCCCCACCAGCCUCUGCCGCUCCCAGCACUCCCACACCCCAUACCCAACCCAACACUCCUCAGACGCCCCAGCAACCGCUGUCCAACCAGCCGCCAACGCCCAACUCGGCAGGCAUCAUGUCCCCCACUUUUCCCAGCACACCCCGUCCUGGGCCACCUCAAGCAAACGUCUCCCAGGGCAAACCUGGGCCCCAGGCCUCCCCCCUCCAUCAGCAGCAGUCCCCUCUCCCCCAGCCACCUCAGCAGCGACAGCAGCAGGCUCCCCUUGCUGCAAUCAAGAUGGCACACCACAUAGAGAUGAUGGCACAGGCCCAGCAGAACCAGCAGAACUACAGGGUCAACAUGAACAACUUAAAUGGCUUGCCUAUGAACGCCCAGCAGGCCCAGCAACGCAUGGCCGGACCGAUGCAGAUGGUGCAAGGACCCCGUGGGCCUCAGGUCAUGCAGCCCGCCCCGGGACAGUGGCCUGCAGCAGGAGGUCAAAUGUCGGCAGCUCAGAAUCAACAACCAGGAGUCGUCCCAAACCAGAAUCCACAGCAGGCUAUGACGGUUCAGCGAGCCAUGAUGGCCCCUGGGCAACAAAGUCAGCAGGGUCAGAGGAUGUUGAUACCACAGCAACCUGGUCCUCGGCCACAAACUCCCCAAAGAACAGGUACUAUCCCCCCAAAUGCUCUUCAGGACCUUCUCCGUACUUUGAAGUCCCCAAGCUCACCUCAACAACAACAGCAGGUCCUCAAUAUCCUGAAGUCAAACCCUCAACUAAUGGCAGCUUUCAUCAAACAGCGAACAGCCAAGUAUCAUGCCAGCCAGCCGCAGCAGCAGGCCGGCCAGCAGCAGCAGCAACCGUCGCAGCAGCAGCCUGGCCUGCCAACAAUGCAGACCAUGGCUAUGCCAGGAGGGCCGGUGCAGAGGGCUGCCAUGCCUCCCCAGCAGCCUCAGCUGGGUCCAGGGCAGCUGAUGAAUGCGGCACACAGCACCAACCCACAGAUCCAGGAGCUCUACCGUCGGCAGCUACUACGGCAACAGCAGCAGCAGCAGCAACAACAGCAGCAGCAGCAACCGCCGCAGCAGCAAGGAGUGAUGCCACAGGGCCACCUGAGUCAGUUUGCAACCCAACAACAGGGGAACCCUGCUAUGUACUCCCAUCUUCGCAUGCAGCAGCAACAGCAGCAGCAGAUAACCAUGCAGGCGGGGGGCGGAGCAGCUGGCGUGACCAUGGGUCAGCUUCCACCAAUGUCUCAGAUGGCCCAGCCCGGGAUGGGUAUGGACUCCCCUCAGAACAUCGUCCAUCAACGGCUGGUUCAGCAGCAGGCGCAACUCCCCCAGCAGCAGCAGGCGGUCCUCAAGCAGCAGAUGGGCUCCCCAGCCCACCCGAGCCCCAUGAGCCCCCAGACGCACCUACUGACUGGCCAAGCUCAGGGUGCGGCCCACCUCCCAAACCAAUCAGGAUUGGCAAACGCCCUCAGCAACCAGGUUCGUUCCCCUGCGCCUGUCCAGUCCCCCUGCCCCCCGACGCAGCCACAGCCUCCACAUUCCAGUCCUUCGCCGCAAGUCCUAAACCAACCGCAACCCUCCCCCCAACACCCGUCCCUGCCGCUCUCAGGUUCCCCCCACACGGUACUGGGCGGCCCACUGUCGCUGGACCAGGGACACUUGGGAACACCAGAGCAGAGCGCAAUGCUUCCGCAGCUUAACACCCCCAACAGGGGAGCGCUGAGCAACGACUUGGGGUUAGUGGGAGAUGCUACAGGGGACACACUGGAGAAGUUUGUGGAGGGAUUGUAGCAUAUUUUUUUUUAAACUGGGAGGAAGAACUCUUUCUCUCACGGUUCCACAUCCUCCACAGUCGUCCUCUCAGACUCUAGACCCCAUUUGAGGGCUUUGUUUGUUCUUUCUAAAAUAAAAAAAAACUGUCUUUUUGUACUGAAAUGUAAAAAUUUUCAAUUGUGUGAGGGGAGGAAAAGUGGAAUAAGAUAAGACACGGUCAACAAAAAAACUAAAACUCUUCUUUGGAAUGUAAUAGUUUCCUGAACCUCAACCGUUGGGUUUUUCUUCCUUAAGAUCUUGAGGGAUUUGCAAGUUUCUUCUUAAAGUGAAAUUAAAUCGCAAAGAAUAUAUUUUUGGUUGAGACCAAAUGUGUUCAAGUACUCAGUUUAUUUUCGUUUGUGGUAUGGUUUCAUGCCUUUUCUUUAAUUUUUUUUCCUUUUUCUUUUUUUAAGAAAAUGUACAAUUGCAUUAUAUCAUUCAUAUCUUUAUUUUGUACCUUUUGGAAAAAAAAUGUAAAGCGUUUUUGUGUUAAAACUGUAAAAUACUUUUGUCUGGGAAUGGGGACAGGUUUGUUUUCUCUUGGCGAGCUGUCAGCCAUGACAGUUCUAAUCUAGUAUUGUACCAUUUCUGCCAGACGAUGCGUUCAGGGACAUCAACAGCUCCCUUUGUUUUGUUUUUCUUUGUGUGUGUGUUUAUGAAGAGCACUCUGUCAUAUUACAGUAGGAACUGGCCUGCAGCAGGUUUUGUACGCAGGUGCACAUGAAGACACUGACCCUCACAGUCACUAUUAGGAACACUGCUUCGACUGGUUUUCACCAAGGACUGCAAAAAUCUCAAUAUGGAAAAUUUCUUCUGCUGGUGUAGAAAGUUGUUGACUUUCAAAAGAAAAUUUGUCAUGCCUUUUUUUUUUCUUUUUUGUCAUACAAAUGUAAAGUGUAAAGAGAGCGUGAGAAAGAGACCAGCCCCCUAAGCUGAGGUGGAAUGAUAAUGGGUUGUUUAUAGAAAACGAUCUCAAAUGAUUCCUAAAAGCCCCAACGUUUUUACACUAAGGUUGUGUGCUUUCAAAGGGUGAAGGGUAACAUUUGAGAUUUACCGUAAGGAGAACUAAUUGUCAUCGACCUUCAUUCCUCUCACAAACACUUGAAUUUGGGGGGGAUUUACUUUUUCUCCUAUUGUAAAUCAAGCUAUUAAGCAAAAUACUAUAAAUAUAAGCAAGAGAGAAUGAAAUCACUGUAUAAACUAGUAAAAGAUUCAUUUCUUACUUAUAUACCAUAUUGUUAAAUAAACUGUGUGCAACAGAAGAAAGCCAGUACUCUGUUGACUGAAUGAGGCAAUACUUCACUCUUGUGUCU